AUGAAUAAAAUCCAAAUCCAUCCCUCACUCAUUCUAUCAACAACAAAAAUAACGUUAGACGAAAUAAAGCGCCGGUCACAAGGGACUGUUCUCGAACAAUGCAUUGCGAAGAACGAACCUGCUACUUCAGACGUUUCAGUGAUUUCGUCGGUGAGCGACUUUUUACAAAUGACCGACAUCACUACACUCCCGUUGGUACUUUUGUGUGAAAAAGUCGAACAAAUGAUACAAGGUGGUGUCAACCCAUUUGAUGCAUUGACAUAUUCUAAGAUCAUAGAAAGUCCAGAGUCACUCGACUUCUUUUUCGAAACGAUCUGUCCAUCGACUUUAUAUAAAAUUGCACUCUCAGACACUGGAAAGGUGUUCCGACUUGUGCUCUACGGACUGACUUCGCAAAAUCUUCUGUCUCCUCCGAUGACACUUCUCGCAAACCAACUCUACUUCUCGUCAUCAAAUAUCCCACUCAACAAAAACUCCAAUUUCUAUUACAACUUUUACUACAACAAUGGGUCUGAUACAAACUACGCGGCAGAUAAAAGCAAUAAAGAACACAUCAGAGACUGUAGAGUGACUGACUUGGAAGGGAAAGUGGAUGAGAUGCACAGAAUUGUCGACUCUUUGAAGUACAAAGUGUCUCAACAGUAUGAGAACAAGCCCGUAGAAGUGUCACACCCUCACAGUGAGAACGACGGAUUCAAAUAUCUGGUAUUUAAAGACAAGACUUAUGUCAAAAUUUUUGAAGGGAAAUUACAAGGGAAGACGUACAUCAUCGACUCUCCACCAGAUGGUCUUGACUUUUCUCUCAGCACCGAGAAGUUUGUAGUGACGUCUGGAGGUAAAGAAGUCGAUGUUUGUGAAGUGUCUAUAGAUGAGCAGAUGGCUGUAGUGUGGAGUGUAGUUGAGUCAUUAUUCACGUACAAAAUGCAUUCAGUGGAGCCCAAGAAUGUGAUUCUUUCUGGCGACCAGCCCGUGCAAUGGGAUGUAUUUGACGAAUUGCUAAUUUAA